AUGACAUUCGACUCCUUCUCACCACUAGAGGUGAUCGAGGCUGUGGCCAACACAGGUGUGUACAAGGGUAACAUGCGCUUGGACAAGGUGUUUUUUAGCUCCAUCUCGGCUGGUUGCUUGCUUUCCUUCGCAUGUGGAACUGCCCUAAGCACCAAUGCCUCCCCUUGGUUUCAAGAGAAUGCUGCGGGCUUGAUCCGCACUAUCAGUGCCCUGGUUUUCCCUUACGGAUUGUGCAUGAUCAUCUUGACUGGCGCCGAUCUUUGUACCGGCUCUUUUAUGUUUACUACCGUUGCUGCUUUGCAACGCCGACUGCCCUGGUGGAAAAUGCUCGUGCACUGGGUCGUGACCUUCUUGGGAAACUUGGCGGGCUCUCUAUUUAUGGUUGCAAUUAUCUUUGGCUAUGGCGAGGUCUUCUCCAAGGACCCCUUCAAGUCGGCCGUCAUCAGUUUUGCCACAAAGAAGCAAGUCACUCCUGACUUCCACAUGAUUUUCCUCCGUGGAAUUGGUUGCAAUUGGCUCGUCUGUCUGGGAUGCUUCUUCGGUUUGCAAGGACGUGACCUGGCAUCCAAAAUAAUUGGUAUCUGGUGGCCCAUCUUUGCUUUCGUCUCUCUUGGAUUCGAUCACGUUGUCGCCAAUAUGACAUUCAUUCCCCUGGGAAUCUGGCUUGAUGCUCCUGGAAUCAGUGCUGGUCUGUAUAUCUGGAAGGGCAUCAUCCCCACCUUGAUUGGAAAUAUCCUUGGUGGUGGCCUCUUCUGCGGUACUUACUACUGGUACAUGUAUCUACUUGACCUGAACACUCUCCCUAUAACUGGAUUGAGCAAGAAGACAGACCCUCCCACUCGGCCAGCAUCAAAGGGAGAUAUCGAGGCCGCUGCUGCAGACGCCUCUCCCGCAUCCACCGUGCUCCGCGCUUGA